AUGCCGUCGACCACCGCGUCGAACUCCGUCACGCCAUCGGUCACCCGGUCACCUACCCCCAGCCCGCGCGUGGGGAACGGCACCGCCGCAGGACGGCGGCCGGAAUUGCAGGACAGCGGCAUAUCAGCCGCGGAUGCCCUCUCUGUGGGCGCGCCGUCUCUCAACGUCAUGAACAUCUCGCCCCUCUACGAGAACCGUACGGUGACUCACAGGAACGAGCUCUACGCGGGCGACGACGCGAGCGACAUGUUCGGUCCGCCUGCUCCAGGCGGCCUCAACAGGGACGAGGCCUUCAUCGCCCACACCAUGACCUGGGACGCCGUCUGA